CCCUCCGCAAAUCCCUCCCAAUACUUCCCCCUCCCCCAUCCCAAGAUGAAGCAUUUCAAUGACUAGCUCUUCGAUUCGAAUUCCCUUUACUGGGCCUUUACCUCCUCCGAUUAUUGUCCCCCCCUCUGCUCGCACACUUGCGGGGGCCGUUGACGCCCUUCGUUUUUUUCUCACUGCACCGCCUUCUCCCUACCUGCGUGGCGUGGAUGUUGGCAGACAUGCCCAGACUGUGCUUUUGACUGGUGCGGGCAUUUCAGUGGCAUCAGGCUUGUCCGAUUACCGAGGGGAGAAUGGCACAUAUAGAACCAAUAAAGCGUAUAGACCUAUCUAUUAUCACGAAUUCGUCACUCGCCAUGAGUCUCGCAAACGUUAUUGGGCUCGCAGUUUUAUCGGGUGGCCGGGCCUUUUGAAGUCAAAGCCCAACUCUACGCAUCUAUCGAUUCGGGAUAUAGGCGCCAAGGGCUAUAUCAGUUCAGUGAUCACGCAAAAUGUGGACUCCUUCCAUUCCUUCGCUCAUCCCGAGUUACCAACCCUGGAGCUGCAUGGCUACCUCCGAUCAGUCAUUUGCGUCAACUGUCGGAACCAGGUGCCCCGGGAAAUAUUUCAAAAGUCGCUUGAAAGGCUCAACCCGGCCUGGGCUGAAUUCCUGGCGAAAAUGACUGAUAUUGGCGCUUUGGAUACCAGUAACCGAGAGGAGCAACGGCGGAGGGGACUCAAGAUCAACCCCGAUGGGGAUGUCGAUCUGCCGGAGGCACCAUAUUCGACAUUUCGAUAUCCCUCUUGCCCUACCUGUCUGGAUAAGCCUCCACGCCUUCAAGAUGGCACACUAGCCAGAGUAGACGUUGAACAGGAUGGAGCCUGGCUUCCCACAUCAACCGCCGGGAUUCUUAAACCUGGCGUCAUCAUGUUUGGCGAGAAUAUUGACCCUGUUGUGAAAGAAGCGGCCGAAGAGGCAAUUGAUGAUGCCGGAAGACUGCUGGUCUUGGGAAGUAGUCUUGCAACGUAUUCGGCCUGGCGAUUAGUGGAACGAGCUCACAAACGAGGCAUGCCCAUCGGAAUCAUCAAUAUUGGAGGGGUCAGGAAUGAAGCGGCUUUAUUUGGAGGAGAUCACGAUACUGUGUCUCGGUUCAUUCGAGUGAAUUUGCCUUCGGAAUCUGUGCUAGGCCCGGUGUCUGACCAACUCCCUAUUCACAUUCACUAACUAAGCAUAGGUUGUUAAUGGACCGAUUCACGUUGUAGAAUUUUAUGUAUGC